GAGCUGCGAUGAACCGCUUUCGGCUGAUCUUUUGUUGCAUUCCCCACUAUGUUCAGCUUUCUCACGGUGGCGAAAUUCAUCUUCAACUACAGGCGAUUCUCUUCGCGUACUGCGCUCUUCAUUAGUACCCUCACACUCCAGGAUGAUUCGAGCCAACCCGACGGCUAUUUCACUCCGUACAUCCGAUCUCAAGCUCCUUCAAGCAGAGAUCGAAAAGCGUAAAGGGUCUGACGCUCCAACUCAGACGGCGACCGAGAUGCAGACUGGACAGAUGACAUCCACCUCAAAGCAGAACGGAGGCGUGAACAAUACGGACCGAGCUGGAUACAAUGCGGUUGAAGAGGAGAGGCGGGAGAGACAGGGCAGGAGCGUCGCUGAGAGGAUUGGGCUGUAGAGAUUGCACCAGCAAAGAAUCCCCCUCACGAACCUGUAAUCAACGACCCGUGACGACUUCCCCCCCCCCCCCC